AGCGGGUCCUCGCGUUUGUUAGGACAGAGAUUGGGGUAGCACAGCUUUCGUUAGCUCUAGUUAUGCUCCGAGUGUUCACUUUUCUGACUAUCUAAGUAUACUUUUUAUGUGUAAAAAUGGCUGCAAAAAGAAAAGCAGACAAUUUGGUUCCCGCGGAGGAAAGCGACCAGCUCCUGAUCAGACCUCUGGGUGCUGGACAAGAGGUGGGAAGGUCAUGUAUCAUCCUGGAGUUCAAGGGAAGAAAAAUCAUGCUGGACUGUGGUAUCCACCCUGGUCUGGAGGGGAUGGAUGCUCUCCCUUACAUUGAUUUGAUUGACCCAGCAGAGAUUGACCUUCUCCUUAUAAGCCAUUUCCAUUUGGAUCACUGUGGGGCCUUGCCUUGGUUUCUACAGAAGACAAGUUUCAAAGGGAGGACGUUCAUGACUCACGCAACUAAAGCUAUUUAUCGUUGGCUCCUGUCAGAUUAUGUAAAAGUCAGUAACAUUUCAGCAGAUGACAUGCUGUACACAGAGACCGACCUGGAAGAAAGCAUGGACAAAAUUGAAACCAUCAACUUCCACGAAGUGAAGGAGGUAGCGGGGAUCAAAUUUUGGUGCUACCAUGCCGGCCACGUUCUAGGGGCAGCCAUGUUCAUGAUUGAAAUAGCUGGCGUGAAGUUGUUGUACACAGGAGACUUCUCUCGGCAAGAAGACAGGCAUCUGAUGGCAGCAGAGAUUCCCAGUGUCAAACCUGAUAUUCUCAUUAUUGAAUCCACCUACGGCACCCACAUCCAUGAGAAGAGGGAAGAACGAGAGGCCCGUUUCUGCAACACUGUGCACGACAUUGUGAACAGGGAGGGGAGGUGCCUCAUUCCUGUGUUUGCCUUGGGGAGAGCCCAGGAGCUGCUGCUUAUUCUGGAUGAAUACUGGCAGAAUCACCCGGAGCUGCAUGACAUUCCCAUCUACUAUGCCUCGUCCCUGGCUAAGAAGUGCAUGGCAGUGUAUCAAACUUACGUCAAUGCCAUGAACGACAAGAUCCGCAAGGCUAUCAAUAUCAACAACCCCUUUGUUUUCAAGCACAUCAGCAACCUGAAAAGCAUGGAUCAUUUUGACGACAUCGGCCCUAGCGUGGUCAUGGCCUCCCCAGGUAUGAUGCAGAGUGGCCUGUCCAGGGAACUGUUUGAGAGCUGGUGCACUGAUAAGAGGAAUGGCGUCAUCAUUGCAGGUUACAGCGUGGAAGGAACCCUUGCCAAGCACAUCAUGUCUGAACCAGAGGAGAUCACCACUAUGUCCGGACAGAAGCUGCAGCUGAAGAUGUCUGUGGAUUACAUCUCCUUCUCUGCUCACACAGACUAUCAGCAGACCAGCGAGUUCAUCCGGGCACUGAAACCACCACAUGUGAUCCUGGUGCACGGUGAACAGAAUGAAAUGGCCAGGCUGAAGGCUGCGCUGAUCCGUGAAUAUGAAGACAAUGAUGAAGCUCAUAUCGAAGUACACAAUCCACGCAACACUGAGGCUGUGACGCUUAACUUCAGAGGAGAGAAACUCGCAAAGGUUAUGGGAUCCCUGGCGGACAAAAAAAGUGAACAAGGUCAGAGAGUUUCAGGAAUACUUGUGAAACGGAACUUCAACUACCACAUACUCACUCCAUCAGAUCUGUCCAAUUAUACAGAACUAUCAAUGAGCACAGUAAAACAGACCCAGGCGAUUCCUUUUACAGGCCCAUUCACAUUGUUGGAGAGUCAGCUACGCAAUAUAGCAGGGAAUAUUGAAGAAAUUGAGACUCAUGACAGGCCUGCACUAAAGGUUUUCAAAAACAUCACACUGGUGCAGGAACCCGGAAUGGUGGUAUUGGAGUGGAUUGCCAAUCCAUUAAAUGACAUGUACGCUGACGCAGUGACCACCGUCGUCCUGGAGGUGCAGUCCAAUCCCAAGGCUCAGAAAGCCAUGGCAAAUGCCAAACAGGAUAGAGUUGAUAUGGAAACCUACCAGAAGAGACUGGAAGUUAUGCUACAGGACAUGUUUGGAAAAGUUUCACACCAAAAAAUUUUUGCUAGACAGUCAAUGACACCUACCCUUCUGACGAAUUCUAAGUUGGACCUGGUUUCAGCCCCAGCGUUCUGUUUCUUGCAGACGGUGGAUUACGAGGAGGGCAGUGCAGACGAUGAGUCCCUGAAGGAAAUGGUGGAGCUGGCUGUGCAGAGACUUUACGAUGCCCUUAACCCUGCCCUCUGAAGAGAAAAUUAAACUACAGAAGGCACGCUGCAGGAGACCGUGCCCCCAUCCUGCUGGAACAACAAAAUGGCUUGCUAAAAAUAGACACGCUCAUCUUAGGAGCUGUUCUUGUAUGAGCCAUUGUGUUCAUCAGUAGUUGACUGCGGGCUAAUUUUCAAAACUUUCUCUUUUUGUUCCCAUUUUUCUGGAAGGAAUAUUUCAAAACUAGUCCACUUGAGUCCCAAAAUUAACCUGAGAUGAAGUGACAGACCUUUAUUAUGCUUUUGAUAAUAAAAAAAGGGAUAAAAAUACAUCUCACUGGCUUUGAAAAAAUUAUAGUUGAUGUCUAAAAAAUAUUUUUUAUGGAAUAAAAAGAAAAAGUAACAACGUGGCAUGUCUUUUUUAAAUGUGUUUUCUUUUAUCAGUUGUAUGUACAUUUUUUUCUUUAAAGAACUGAAAUCUUGUAUUGCACCAUAGUUUGGUUAGGAAAGGAAUGUUGUUUUUGUGACACAAACUACAGUAUGUAAUUUCUAAUACUCAAGGGUCAUCUGCGACAGUGUCAUUUUCAGAGAUUGAAUGACAUAAUUAUUCAAUUAGUAUACACAAUAUUAGCCGCAGCAUCUGAGGAAUGACUUGAAUAAAUUGCUUUUUCAGAUAUUU